GGGCACCUUCCUAAGUCAUCAAGGACUGAGCAGAGGACGAAAGGGGCUGGACCUGGACUGGUGCAGGCUUUGGACUAGGCCCCAGGAACAGAACAUCUGGGAGUGCUCGGUGAGGGGCAAAGGAGAGAGAUAAGCUGCUUGUUUCAGAAGCAGCAAAGUGGUGAAGGAGUGUGACUGGCACCAAGAAAGGUCUAGGAAUCCGGAGAAGAGAGGACAGGCCGAGCAGAUAAAGCUCUGGACUGUCUCCCCUUUGGGGCCACAGCCAGUUGCACAAUCCUUCUAUUUGCAUUCUGGCCUGGACAGCCUGCCAGAGUAGGCCAUAAAGGACCCGCUCCAGUUCUGUUUGUCCAAUCACCUCUGCCCUGGAAGGUGAUUGAGGAAGGUGCCCGGCGAGGGCUGAGCAGCGGAGGCAGCCAGGGUGCGCCAGUCUCUUGGCCUUGCGGGAGGAUGGAGACCCUCAAUGUGUCUGCCCCGUACAACUUCUCCCUGCCGCCCAACUUCGGCAAGCGCCCCACCGACCUGGCGCUGAGCACCAUGCUGGUUUUCCUAUUGAUCAUCAUGAUGUUCUCGUUGGGCUGCACCAUGGAGUUCAGCAAGAUCAAAGCUCACUUCUGGAAGCCUAAGGGGGUGGCCAUCGCCCUGGUGGCGCAGUAUGGCAUAAUGCCCCUCACUGCCUUUGCCCUGGGAAAGAUCUUCCGGCUGAACAACAUUGAGGCGCUGGCCAUCCUGAUCUGUGGCUGUUCCCCCGGGGGAAGCCUGUCCAACCUCUUCUCUCUGGCUGCGAAAGGCGACAUGAACCUCAGCAUCGUGAUGACCACCUGUUUCCACUUCUUUGCCCUGGGCAUGAUGCCCCUCCUACUGUAUGUUUACUCCAGGGGAAUCUAUGAUGGGAACCUGAAGAACAAGGUACCCUAUGGAGGCAUUGUGUUAUCACUGGUAGUAGUUCUCACCCCUUGCACCUUAGGGAUCUUCCUCAAAAGCAAAAGGCCACAAUAUGCACGCUACGUCAUCAAGGCAGGAAUGAUCAUCGUGCUUUUGCUCAGUGUGGCUGUCACAGCACUCUCUGUCAUCAAUGUGGGCAGGAGCAUCCUGUUUGUCAUGACACCCCACUUGUGGGCCACCUCCUCCCUGAUGCCCUUCAUCGGCUUCCUGCUGGGCUUCCUUCUCUCCACUCUCUUCCGCCUCAACGGACAAUGCAGCCGCACUGUCAGCAUGGAGACUGGAUGCCAAAAUGUGCAACUCUGCACUGCCAUCCUCAAUGUGACCUUCUCCCCGGAAGUCAUUGGACCACUUUUCUUCUUCCCUCUCCUCUACAUGAUCUGCCAGUAUGGAGAAGGGCUUCUCCUCAUUGCCCUCUUCCGGUGCUAUGAGAAAAUCAAACUGUCCAAGGAUAAAACAAAAAUGAUCUACACAGCUGCGGCAACCGAAGAAACCACUCCAGCCGCUCUGGGAAAUGGUAGCACUCCAAAAGAGGAGUGCUGCUCUUCCACAGCCUAUCCUUGCCUGAGUGGCCUGGACUCAGGUCAGGAGAUUUGGAAAGCUGGUACGGUGAACUGCGGGGAGAAAGUGGCAUGAUGAGCGCACCAGCAGUGUCUGAGUCUUUCCCCAACAUUUCCCGCAGAACAUCUCAGGACCAUCAAGAGCCUUGCCUGGAGGACAGAGGGUGGGGGGCAUCAACCUAAAAGCCUCACCUACCUCCAGCUCAGAAUUUGAUACUUGUUUAAAAAAAAAAAAAAAAAGUGUUCAAUGACACCCCUAUGAAAGGAACCAAACUGCCUUUUGUCCCUGCAUCUCUAGAACAGUGCCCAACAGGCAUAUAAAAAGGUGCUCGAUUUCUAAACUAGUUAAAAAUGCUUUCCUAAAAAUCAAA